UCCCUGCCGCCAGUACUUUAACCAUAUCGAUCGACACCAAUGCAGCUUUGAUUCCACAAUCACCCUCCUCAGCUAGCAUCUGUGACUCUGAUCAUUGACUCCAUACAGAGAAUCCACUAAGAACAAGAAGGGUAAAUGACAGGGCCCAUCAGCUCCUCUCGCUACAUGUACCUGGGCAUAAGUUUCGGUAUCAAACCAGCAGCACCUUCAAAAUUCACAGGACAUCUUCUUUUGAUUAUUUCCCUCUGUUUGCGACACAACCCAGGGGACCCAUGUCUUCCUCCUGUCCUCCAGAUGUCGUUACCCCCUACAGUCCUUGUUACACCAGCUCCGAGGACAAUAAUAUCCAUACUCGCCUUGCCGGCCGCGCCUGGUGCAAAGAACCGGUACGUUGCAGGCUUCUCGAAUGUUGUUCCUGCAGGGUUCUGCAUCUGUUUCUGGAGCCUCCCACGUCAUCUCGGUUACACAUCACCGCCAGGAGCAGAUGCCUUUUGGUAUUACUUAGGUAUGGCUUACAUCCUGUUCCUUGCUGCCUUGAUCUGCGUCAACAUCAAGCAUAUGUCGAGAGCCCACGCAGACCCAAUAGGAGGAGAGGACGAACCAGCAGUAUAGCCAUCAACCGCUCUAUACCGAGUUCGACGGUCUCCGGCUGCGAGCACAGAUCGACUCCCCCCGGGGCAGCAGAACAGUUACAUCAGUGGAACGAGAUUUCGAACAGUCACUCAUUUC